GUUCUGCAUUUCUUCUGUGACACGUGCUCCGUGCCUGUCUGUGGGGAGGGCAGUGUGGAUUGUCACUCGGGCCACAGCCUCCGCUACCUCCAGGACUCCCUGCAGGACUCCAGGACCCUCACAAUCCAGCUACUGGCAGACGCCCAGCGGGGCAGGCACGCUGUACAGCUGAGCAUUGAGAAAGCCCAGGCCGUUGCUGAGCAGGUGGAACUGAAGGCCAUGGUGGUCCAGUCAGAGGUCAAAGCCAUCACAGAGCGUCAUAAGAAGGCCCUGGAGGAACGAGAGUAUGAACUGCUGUGGAAAGUUGAGAAGAUCCGUCAGGUGAAAGCCAAGUCCCUCUAUCUCCAGUUAGAGAAGCUGCACCAGAACCUGACCAAGCUGGACAGCACCAUCGCUACAGUAACCCAGGUCCUAGAGAAGGGCAGUAGUUUGGACCUGCUGCUGGCCAGAGAGAGCAUGUUCCUCCAGAUCACAGAGCUGAAGGCCCUCAGGGAGCUGUUACUACCACAGGAUGACGAUCGCAUCCUGUUCACCGCCCCCGACCAGACCUUGUUCCUCGCCAUCCAGUCCCUAGGUCUGGUCAGCUCCGGGGCCUUCGCCCCCCUCACCAAGGCCCAGGGAGAGGGGCUUUGUCGGGGCUUGCAGGGUAAGCAGGCUUCCUUCACUGUGGUGGGGUAUGAUCAUGAUGGAGAGCUCAGGCUGUCUGGGGGGGACGGUGUGUCAGCUGUGAUGGUGGCGCCCGAUGGUAACCUGCUAAACGCUGAGGUGACCGACCAUCAGAACGGGUUGUACACGGUCAGCUACCUGCCCAAGGUAGAAGGAGAACAUCUGGUGUCAGUUCUUAUCUGCAACCAGCACAUCGAAGGCAGCCCCUUUAAAGUGCUGGUCAAGUCUGGCCGUAGCUAUGGAGGUAUCCCCUUGCCGGUGGCCUCGUUCGGCAGAGAGGGGGACGGAGACGGGCAGCUGUGUCGCCCCUGGGGGGUGUGUGUGGACAAAGAGGGCUACAUAAUCGUAGCUGACCGAAGCAACAACAGGGUGCAGAUCUUCAAGCCGUGCGGUUCCUUCCACCACAAGUUUGGUACGCUGGGCUCCAGACCAGGCCAGUUGGACCGACCAGCUGGGGUGGCCUGCGACAGCCAGAGGAGAAUCAUCGUUGCCGAUAAGGAUAAUCACCGCAUCCAGAUCUUCACCUUUGAAGGCCGGUUCCUCCUCAAGUUCGGGGAGAAGGGAACCAAGACCGGUCAGUUCAGCUACCCCUGGGACGUGGCGGUCAGCUCGGAGGGAAAGAUCCUAGUCUCAGACACCCGGAACCACCGCAUCCAGCUCUUCAGGCAGGACGGCACCUUCCUCAACAAGUACGGCUUUGAGGGGGCUCUAUGGAAACACUUGGACUCCCCCAGGGGCGUGGCCUUCACUCAGGAGGACCACCUGGUGGUGACAGACUUCAACAACCACCGUCUGCUGAUCAUCCGGUCGGACUGCCAGUCGGCCCGCUUCCUGGGAUCAGAGGGAACCGGUAACGGUCAGUUCCUGCGGCCGCAGGGCGUAGCAGUGGACCAGGAGGACCGCAUCGUGGUGGCUGACUCCCGGAACCACCGGAUCCAGGUGUUCCAAACCAACGGUAAUUUCUUAUGCAAGUUGGGGACUCAGAGUAGCAGCUUUGGACAGAUGGAUCGCCCGUCGGGUAUAGCUGUUACUCCAGACGGAAGGAUUGUUGCCGUGGACUUUGGAAACAACCGAAUCAUUAUGUUCUAGGCUAGGCAGUUUGUCUGCUGGUUUGCAAAGAAAGAAACAUUGAAGAAGAGAUUUUGAAACACACCCAUCAGAGGCAAAUGUCUUUGUGAGCAAAUGAAAACAGUAAUAUUGAAACUUGACCUUUUCUCUCAGUUAUUACCUCUAUUUUGAAAGAGCAAAUCAAUGCAGUAGAUGAACCAAUGCCAACAAGGGGUUAUUGUCAAAAGCUGACAUUUUGAACCCUAUAGUAGGCCUUCUGUGACACUAUCUGGCUCGAUAGUUGUCUUUUCUCUUGAUGUGUGCGUCAAAAUCUCUGAUUUUCUCAGGGAAUUUCUUGCAUUCUUGAAAGAUUUCCACUGCAUCAUACCUACCUCAUGUAGCUGUGUUUGAAUGUACUCCUUUAUUAUUUGAUGCAGAGAUUUCGCCAGUGGAAUUUUGAAAAAGUAACUACCUCAAUGCAAGAGAAAAGUAAAGUUAACAUGAAGUAACAUUUGGUUGAUAUUUGCACAGAAAGUGCGCACACAUUUUCUCUAACUGUUACUGUGCACAUAAAGGUGUGAAAUCCCAGAAUGUUGCUGAGAACAAUGUAUAAUAAUGACUGUGUUACAUACAUGUGGAAACGUGGAGUCAGACAUUUUUAUAAACUCGGCAACUGUUAUUUUUCCAUUUUGUUUUUGAAUAUGCCUCCAUACCUCUGUAAAACCUUUUUACCUCAUGUCACGACCACAUAGUACCUCAGAACUCCAGUGUCCUCAGGUUGAUAGUAUGAUCAAGUCCCAAAUGGCACCCUAUUUCCUAAAUAGUGCACUACUUUUGACCAGAGCUCUAUGGACCUUGGUCAAAAGUAGUGCACUAAAUAGCAAAUAGGUUGUAAUCUGAGACUCGUCCUGUAAAAUGGAUUCUCUCCACAAAAUGGCUGCUGCCAGUUUGCUAUAGGCAGGUUGAAUAUUUGAUAUCAGUUACCAUUGUCAGUUCAGUCAGUCGUGUGAUUUCAGCUUGAAGGGGAAAAAACAUUUAACAAGGAAUUGACCACCUUGAAUUGGGUGAAUCAUCAGAAUUGUUAUUUUCUGGGCAUCUAUGAAUAAUUGUGACUUGAAACUACUGGCAAUCAUCAUUGUUGUUAGAUGAAUGAAUACAUGUCAGGAUUAAUAUAUCCUAAGGCAACUAGUGAAUCCGGCCACAACACAGUGAAGAUUAGACAAUGACACACUGGUGUGGAUUAACUUGGAUUUAAUCUGAACCGUGGACGACUGCUGAGUCUAAAUCUAUUUACUGAUAUCCAUUUAUAAAUCAAUGAAAUCUGUGUAGACUAACUUUCCUAAGAGUAGAGGGGUCUAAGAGUAGUGAAGUUUCAUUCUGAUAUGUUUGAACAACGUUUCUGCACAUGUUUGGUGGUUUAGAUUGGCACCCUAAUGAUGCCACCAUGUUCCUUUCUUUGUGGUCGUUGUUUGAAAAGUCUAUCGUUGCCUCUGUGCCUCGACUCUGUUCCCGUCAAAGAAAAUAAUCCGUUUAGCUUUUUUUCCUUUAAAAUAGAAUGCGUCAUUCAUGGGAAACCGCUCUGAAAGAGAAUAUUGUUUUAUCCUGGUGGCAAAUAAAAUCAUUUUUAAAAGUAAAACUGACCAGUAAAUGAAAAGUGACAGCAUUGAUGUUGAUCUCCAUUGCCUCCAUAGUAUUUUCAAUAGAUAUUCUCCAUAGUAACCCCUAGCUGCUUGUCAGUUGCCUAAUGACCCACUCAUGUAGCCUACAGAUGGCUGAGUAACCAAAGCAAAAGGCUCCACAUAAUUAGAAUUCCAUCAGCUGCUGCUCCCACACCCACAUUCACCCUGCUCUAAAGUGUGAUGGCAGUUGGUCACAUUAGACGUUGUAAUUUCAGUCAGCACAGCAGUUCCUCUCUAUUGUAUGUACCUGUCUGAGAGAACAUAACCAAACCAGGUCAUUCAUGGUUCCACAGUGGCUAUUAACUACAGAACACCAAGAACCAGUAAAAAUGCAAAUGUUAAAAUGUAAUAAUUUUUUUUCACGCUGUAGCCUGCCCUGUUAUAAGCUAGCUGUUCAUAGCUGUUAAUAUUGUGCUUAUAGCAUUGACUGUUAACGCCAUGUCCCAGCCUCUCCUCCCUCUGUGUCUCUGACUGCGUCUAAUGGGCCAGUAUUUCCUGUCUGUUGAGCCACAUUGCCACAAGUGCUGGUUUACGAGGAGAGCUCGGUUCUGUUCCAAAUGGCACACUAAUCCCUAUAUAGUGCACUACUUUUGACCAGACCUUUAUGAGCCCUGAUCAAUAGUAGUGCACUAAAUAGGGACUAGGUUGCCAUUUGGCACACCACCCUCUGUGAGUUUGUGAGGCACCAUAGCUGUAGGUCUCUAGUUGCUCUAACCCCCAGAAGAGCUGGAAGGCAUGCAGCUCGCCAGACACACCUCAUAUCUCUUUUACCUUAAUAAUCACAGCUGGAUGUACAGGGGGACCAGUGAGACGUUGGGCUCCAGACACGGCUUACUCGGUUACAUCCUCUUAAAGAUUGAACCAAAAUGGCCACUUUUUAGAUAUUGAGUUUCCAGGUAUUUUAGUGGAUUAUUCACAUUAACACUGUUCCAGUGUUGUAGCUUGUGCCUUUUGUUAUACAGGAGAUAAAUUACACUGUUUCUGGGCCAAUUUGUGACCAGCAGGAAAGCCAUUGUGACAAAAACAAAUGGUAUAAAUGGACUAUUUGAAGUAAUAAAUAUAAUUCUUAAAAAUGGCUCACCAUCACUAUCAUUUAGUUUUUCAGUAUUUCAUUUUGUUCUUGCUGGUAUGACCCCUGGAAUAUAAAAAAAACAUUAUUAUUUACAUAUUUAACCAGGCAAGUCAGUUAAAAACAAAUUCUUAUUUACAAUGACAACCCACUGUUCCCAGUAAACCAACUGCCUUGUCCAGGGACAGAAUGACAGAUUUUGAUCUUGUCAGCUCGGGGAUUCAAUCCAGCAACCUUUUGGUUACUGGUCCAACGCUCUAACCACUAGGCAACCUGCCGCCCCAUAUAUACCUCAUUAUACAGAAAGAUAUCUGUAUAAUGUACAUCUUUACCUCAGUAUUACUGAGCUACGCCCAUUACCUCAUUGCUGAACUGUUAAUACCUCGUUGGCAUGGUUGCAUUUUUCAAACCUCAGUUGAAUUGCAGUUAGAUGUGUGGUCUAAUAGUGUACUGUUACACUAGAGAAUGGAAAGGGAAGGCUUGGAGAAGUUAUGAACAGUUUGAUCAAGUAGAUUAAACCCAGGACAAUGCUGCUUCAAAUAGACACUGAUCUGAUGUAUUUUCAGUACAUUGUUGGUUCCUAUCGUUUGAACUUAAGUUAGCAGUUUCUUAAAAGACCUCAAGGUCUUGACACCUAGAAGACAAGACUUGUAUAUUUUCAUUUUAAUGCAUGAUUCAAAAAGUUAUUGUGGGAAAGAUUUGUCACUUUUUUGUAAUUAUUUUAGGGUUAUAUACAGUUACAGUAUGUUAGGUUGAGGAGGAUGGCUUCCUUUGACUAUACGAUUGUAUCUAUUUUAUGAACAGCUUUACUGGGCCCAAACAAGUUACCUCAUCAUGAUGUCAAACAACAACAGAGUUCAAACAGAAAUACAUUUGCCUUAAGUAUUUCACUAGGACCCUCAGUAGCUACUGCUAAAGCAGUACAUAACACUAUACUAGUAGAGGACAUUCAACAUGUACUCCGUCUAUACUUCCACAGUUAGAAGUAUCACAAUUAACUUUAAGCCCUUGGUAGUUUUCUUGAUUAAGGUAACCUUUGUUGAACUUUGUUAUUUACCUGUUUCUGUACCUGCUGUUUUGCUUUUUAUUGUCAGGUUGCAAAAUUCUGGUAACUUCACGGGUUUUCAAGAAUUCCAGGUUGGAGGAUUCUCGGAAUCAGGAGUGGAUAAAGAGGGAGGGAAUCUUCCAAACGGGAUUUCUGGGAAUUGGUGGAAAGUUUAUUUGCAACCCUAGCCAGAAGUAUACUUUGGGCUCCAUUUGAUCCGUAUGGUGGAAAUUCAGCACUGUAGAGAAAUUAAAGGCAACGUUCCCACAUUUCGUGGAGACUGCAUUCAUGGUUAACGCUGCAUAUGUCGACUCAAAUCAGAAAUUACCUUUUUACAUUUCAAUUGCGCUAUAGCGCUGAACUUCUUCGAUACAGAUUAAAUUGAGCCUCAGUCUAUCCAAACUAUUAGAAAUGCUCUGUGUUCUGUCAUCCACAGUAACUUAUCUGGUUGAGCAGUAUGGGAGGAUUCCAGCAUUAGUACUUUUCCUCUCAUGGAGAUAAACAACAGAAGCCUAUUCAUAAGAACAUGGUCUUAGACUAAUGUGAUCAUGUAGUCAAUUUAAGUCGAACUCCGGUAGGUAUAAUGCUAGUGUUCCACGUUUUGAAAAACUCUCAAUAAGCAACUUUUACAUAUUCUGAUUAUUAUUUAUUUUUUUAAUUACAUAAGAUCCAACUUUAAAAUGCUUAAUCAGAUAAUUUUUGUUGGGAAAAAAUAUUGAUUAUGAGGGAGUGGACUCAAACAGAUUUGUUUUACUUUUCCAAUGUAUAAUUUUUGUUGGGGUGUGUCUCGUAUGUGGGGAAAAAUGGCUCAAGGAAAAAAUAUUCUGUAUUGUGACAAUUCUAUGCUGUUGUGAAAUAUCCAUUAUACUGUCAGAUGUCUCUGAUCCUUAGUCCCAGUCAGACCAUUUGAGCAUGGUAAAUGGGAAUGGGGUAUAUUCAUAUUUUAUUAUUUGAUACUUUAGGCCAUUUACUCUGGAAUUGUGUUGAACCCAAAAAAUUCACUGUAUGAAAAACAUUGAGGUCAUUUGACCGUUUGUGGGGUUUAUAUAACCUGGAGUCAAGCCUAAAUAUUGUGCCGUUUCAUUUGAAGUGAAAUGGAAGGAUGCUCCAUAUGGAUUCCACUUCUGAGUGUUUGAAAGGGAUAGCAGUGAGAUUAGGGGACUCUAAACGAGUUGUUCCAAUACUCCCUCCUUCUCUAUACCCUCUAUUGACUGGUUGGAAGUGUUGGUGUGAGCCCUGAAUGCCACCCUGUUCCCGAGCACAGGUGUUAAACUCAUUCCACGGAGGGCUGGCUGUUUUCACUUCUUCCUUCUACUUGAGGAAUUUAGGUCACCUGAUUCUUCUGUUUUAGCAGACGCUCCUAUCCAGAGAGACGUUCUGUACUGGUCCCCCGUGGGAAUCGAUCCCACAACCCCGGUGUUGCUAGUGCCAUGCUCUACCAACUAGACUCACGGAACCUGGGUUGUCUAGCUCUUAACUGAAAGGAAAACCCAGAAACCUGCAGACACUAGACUAGGCCAUCCAUGGAAUGAGUAACACCCCUCUAUAGAGGGCACUACUUUUGACUAGAGUCCUAUCAAAAGUUGUGCAUUAUAUAGGGACUAGGGUGCCAUUUGGGACUCAAGAUGCAUUCUGAAGGAUGUUAGGCGACUACCUUUAACCUGCCGUCUGCUUCUCGUCAAUAUGGACUUAACAUUUCCUAUGCAGUUUGGGAUUUCAAUAAAAUGGGAUUCUUGUA